GUAUUUGUGCGAUAAUCCCGUGCUUACUCCCCUGUUGUAUGAUCCAGUCGCCAAAAAGGGUCGUCGAUGGACAAAACUUAAGAAUUCAUUCGUUCCUCGGUUGUAUCAUUCGGUCGCCUCUUUGCUCCCCGAUGGUCGCGUCAUGGUUACCGGCAGUAAUCCUAACCCCGAUUAUAGACCCCCCGGUAACGGCCUAAAAUAUCCUACUGA